UUUGCUGUACACAAAUUAGUCGCUAGGUUCACAAUCAGCUGGGUGCAGUGCCAAGCUCGGUCGAUCUGAGCAUUUCUUCCUGGUGACGUGUCAAAUUAGUGUUAACGAACACUUUUCGCGAUAAAACAGGCCAGAUAACAGCACAUUAAGGUGUCCCAUACGUUGCUGAUGCUAGCUGCAAGCUCUGAUCCUUUCUUAGGACGAUAGGUGUUGUAGAGCUGUAUCCGUGACGACCAGGUAAACAUGGCGGAGCAGAGCCAGGGAGGUGGAGCGGGAACCCAACCGUCAGCGGCGGGAAAGGGUGGAAAGUCACAGCUUGACAACCUACCCAAGGAGGAGCUCAUCAAGUAUGUAAAGAAGCAGCUGAUGGUUUUACAGAAGACAAAGGCAAAAUGUGAAGAGCUGAACACUGAACUCGUGAAACUGAAGAAAGAAAAGGAAGCAUCUGCAGAGGCCAAUAAGGACUCCAACAAGGAAGACCAGGCCACUUUGUCAAAGAUGCAGACAGAAAAAGAAGAGCUACAAGCAGAGAGAGACAAACUCAAGGCUGCAAAUGACCAGCUGCAAGCAGACAAGGAGGGUUUGCUGUCAGAGAAAUGUGAUCUGCAGAAACAGCUAGAGGAUAGCCAACAGUCCCUGCAGACACAGUGCAACAAGAUGAGGGAAGAGCGGGAGAUGAUCAUGGGGGAGAUGAACAGUGCCAUGAUGAAAGUAGAGGAGCUCCAAAGGGAGAAGUUACAGUGGAAGGACCAAGUGGACAGCCAAGCCGAGGACUUUGCCGAAGUCAAGAAGGCAAAGCAGACACUGCAGCAACAGCUUCUAGCAGCAACAAACGAGAACAGCAAACUGCAAGAGUCACUGUCAAUUGCACAGCAAGAGAUAGCUGUCAUGAAGGAAAAGCUGGACAACAUGAUCACUGAGAAACAGGAACAGCAAGAUGACAUUCAGGGAAAGCUGCAAGAGGCAACAACAGCAAUGGAACAGCUGAGGGGACAGGUGGAGACAGCUGAAACAGCAAAGGGUGACCUUGAGACACAACUUGAGGCCAGCAAAUCACAGAUUAGGACACUGGAAGAACAGCAGAAAGAGCUCAGGGAUGGGUAUGAAAAGAUGGACAGUGAAAAGUCUGUGGAACAAGAGGAGCUAACCACUCUGAGGGAAGAGAAAACAGCCCUGCAGCAGAGGGUAGAGGAACUUGAAAAGCUGCAGGAAGAAUUGACAGCAAAAUUGGAAGCAGCAAACACCUCAAUAGCAAAAGUAAAAGAAGAGCUAGAGUUAAAACACACCAACGCUCUGGAUGAGAUCCAAAAAGAGCAUGAGCAACAGCAAGGGCAACUUAAACAGGAAAUAGAGGUGGUCAGGGGUGAAGGAGCAAAGUUCAAAGAUGAGAGGGACCAGGUCUUGUCUGAGAAGGAGCAAUUACAGGGGCAAUAUGAAAAGAUUAUAUCUGAGAAAGAACAAUUAGAAAACAAUGGGGAGCAGGCCUCAUCUCUGAAGACACAACUAGAGUCAGAAAAGGAAAACCUGCUGGCUGAAAAACAGCAGCUGCAAAUGGAAAAAGAACAGCUACAAACAGAAACAGAACAGCUGAAAGCAGAUAAAGAUCAACUACAAACAGCAAAAGAGCAGAUGGAAACGGAGAAAGAACAGCUGCAAACAGAAAAAGACCAGUUACAAACAGAAAGGGGUCACCUGCAAGCAGAAACAGAACAGCUACAAACAGAUAAUCAGCAGCUGGAAACAGAGAGAGACCAACAGCAAACAGAGAAAGAACAGGCACAGGCAGACAACCAGCAGCUGAAGACCAAUGUUGAACAGCUAGAAAAUGAGAAAGAACAACUUUGCUCUGAGAAAGAACAGCUAUGUACUGAAAGGGACCAAGCUGUUGCUGAGAAAGAGGAGGUGCAAAGUAAGAUGGAUCAGGUGCUUGUUGAGAACGAAGAGCUGAGGAAGGAGAAGGACCAGGCUGCUACAGACAAACAGCAGCUACAAGCAGAGAGGGACCAGGCAAUAUCUGACAAGGAAAGGAUGGAGACUAUGAAGGCUGCAGGAGACCAAGAGCAAAGUGAAGAAAGAAAUCAAGAAAGGACUGAGUUGGACCAACUUAUGGUAGAAAGAGAUCAACUUCUGGUAGAUGUUGAACAGCUGAAAGGGGAGUUAGACCAAGCUACAGCUGACAAAGAACAGCUGCAAAGUGAGUGUAAUCAGAUAACAGCUGCAAAGGAACAACUAGAAAAGGAAAAAGAUGAAGCUGUAGCUGAAAAGACACGGCUACAAAGUGAGAGAGAUCAAGCUGUGCAUGACAAGGAACAGCUGCAAAAUGAAAAAGAUGAAGGUGAAACUAGCAGAGGAAACUUACAGCAUGAAAUAGAACAAAUCACUGCCGCUAAAGAACAGGUACAGCAGGAAAGGGAGCAGGCAACAGCUGCGUUUGAACAGCUGCAAACUGAAAAGGAUCAAGUUGUAGCAGAGAGGGAACAGCUUCAGAAGGAAAGAGAUCAGGCUGUGGCUAAAAAUGAACAGAUUCAAGCUGAAAAAGACCAAGCACUGACAGCUAAGGAACAGCUACAACAUGAACUGGACCAGGAAGUAGCAAAGAAGCAACAGCUUCAAGUGGAAAAAGACGAAGCUCUGACAGCUAAGGAACAGAUACAGCAUGAACUAGAGCAGGCUGUAGCUGCUAAAGAACAGCUGAUUGAGAUGCAGAAGUCCUUGAACGAACAGGAUGAGAGUGAGAAAGACCAGACCAUCAGACUGCUGCAGACAGAGAAGAAUGAGAUACUUAGUACGUUGGAAGAGAUCAAAAAUGAGAAAGAGGAAAUUUUACAGAUUACAGAACAGUUGCAGGUUGAAAAAGAUCAAGCCUUCACCAGCAAAGAAGAGGUGGAAAAAGAAAGAGACCAAGUAAUAGCUGUGAAAGAAGAGCUAGAGGGAAAACACGAACAGGUAUUAGGGGAUCUAGAAGCACUUCAGGCUGAAAAAGACAAGGUCUUGGCCGACAUUGAACAGCUGCAAAUGGAAAGAGAUCAGGCUACAGCUGAGAAAGAACAACUACAAAGUGAAAAAGAGCAAUUGAUAUGUGACAAAGACAAGAUGCAAGCUGAAAAGGAAGAAGCUCUUGCUCAUGUAGAACAAACAGAAAGGGAAAGAGACCAGGCCAUCAAGGAGAAGGAGCAUCUGCAAAAGGAAAGAGAUCAAGCGAAGAACGUGGAGGAUAUCUCAAACAGUAAAGAAGAAGAACAAACACAAAUGACAGCCAGUUUGCAGAGUGAUCUUGAAAAAGUCAAGUCUGAUCUUAAACAGAAGGAAGAAAUUGCACACAAGCUAAAAGCCAUGGCUGUCAAGCUCAAGCGGGAACUUGAAGAGUCGAGAAAGGAAAAUUCUCGACUUAACAAGGAGCUCCAGACAGUCAAAGACCUCCAGAAGGAGCAAGAAGGAAAGAUAGCAGCAAAUUCGGGUGCUGAUUCCCAACUGCAGCAACUCCAGGGAGAAUAUGAGAAACUUGAGCUGACGUAUGAGGAGACGGCGGCUAACUUGGAGAAAGUUGAGAAGGAAUUACAGGAGAGAGUCAAGCAGCAUGAAGACCUAUGCCAAGAGUUUGCACAGCUGAAGACACAGAUUGUAGAUUUGCAAGCCUCAAACGACUCAAUAACAGAUCUCAGCCACCAUCUAGAAGGUCAAGUGCAGGAGCUACAAAAGCAGCUUGCACAGGCUGAGGAAGAGAGAGAUGCACAGACGAUUAUGAAGGAAGAGAAAACUAGAGAAUGUGAGCAGAGCGCCGAGAGGAUCGGACAGUUGGAGAAACAGUUAACAGACGGACACAAGCAGCACCAGACAACAACAGAGCGCUUGGAGAGAGCUCUGCAGGAGGCCCAGCAGAGCAACGUCAUGAAUCUGGAGAUCGCGGACUACGAGCGUACGGUGAGCGAGCUCAACCAGCAGGUCGCCAUCCACGAGAGCAAGAUUUCCGCGCUGAACUCUGAGAUUGAAGGGAAGGAAGAGAGGAUACAUCAGCUGAUGAGGCAGGUCACGACGACGGAGGAGUCCCUCACACAGGAACAGGAGAGAGCCAGCAAGCUGAAGGCUCUGCUCAUCAAGGCUAAGAAAGAUGUGGAGGAAGGGAAGAAGCUGCAGACUGAGAAGGGGAAGGUGGAGGCGGCGCUGCGGGGACAGCUGGAGUACUCGCAGCAGGAGAUAGAGGGCCACAAGGUGCAGCUGGCCCAGGUCAUGGCCGAGACACAGCAGCUGCAGCAGAAGGUGCUGUCCUCUGCCGAGGCACAGCGCAGGACAGCCGAGAAGCUGGAGGGCAGGGUCAGCAGCCUGGAACGGGAGAGGGAUGCAGCGGAGACGCAGCUGGCAGAGGUCAGGGCGGAAUAUGACAGCUACAAGGUCAGGGUGCACAGCGUUCUGAAGCAGAAGACGAAGGCAGCUGUGCCUCAGAUGGCAGCGGACAUGGACAAACAGGAGAAGUUACAGCUGGAGCGACAAACACAGCAACUACAGAACAAGGUGAAGGAGCUGACGGAGCAGCUGCAGGCAGCUGCAGAGGAACAGCAGGAGCUGCAGGUGCAGUACGAACAGCUGCAAAAACAGCACACGCAGCUGAGUCAGCAGCUCAGGGACAAGGACAGGGUCUGGCAGGGCAGGAUCAACAAACUACAGCUGGAGGUUGAGAACAGGCGUGAGGAACAGUCCCUGACAGUCAGCCAGCUGGAACAGCAGAACGAGUCCGUGACCUUGUCCUUCAAGGAGAGGAUCAGCAUGAUGGAGGAACAGCACCAGCGCGAGGUCAACAGCCUCCAGGAGAAGCUCCAGACAGCCGAGAACGAGCUGACCCAGCUGAGAGCCGCAGACAGACACGUCAGCCCCCCUCCCACCCCCAGCCACGCCAUCAUGACCACACCCACACCGGAACAAGUCCAGGCGUGGUCUGCGUCCAACAUGGCGGCCGUGGAACGCGAGGAAGGGGAGGGGAUGGAGAACACGGAGGUGGAGUCGGUGUCGUCGGGACCGGGCCCGUCCGUGUCCACGACUCCGUCCAUCGUAACUCUGGAGGAUCUGCUGGCAUCAGACGACAAAGUCAUUUCAGGCACCAGAAGCCCCAGCAUCAUCACCCUGUCCCGCCACUCCAGUGUUCUGGAGGACACAGAGAGCAUGAAGGCCAGCCUGUCUGCUGCUCACAAGAAGAUAGAACACAUGAGUGAGCUGCUGCACGAGAGUGAGGCCACCAUCAUGCGGCUCAACGAACAGACCAAGGUUCUGAAGAACGAGAUCCGUCGCCUGGAGCGUAACCAGGAGCGGGAGCGCGCGGUGUCAAACCUGGAGUACCUGAAGAACGUGCUGCUGAAGUUCCUGACGCUAUCCUCCGGAGACGAGAAGCUGCAGCUCAUCCCCGUCCUCACCACCAUGCUCACACUCAGCCCCGAGGAGAAACAGGCGCUCACCACCAUGGCUCAGGGUGAGGAGGGGCCACCAGAUGUGGAACCCAAAUCUGCUGGAUGGAGCACCUACCUGCACCGCUGGUCAGGACUGCAGUAGUUCUGUACGUCCGCUAGGGGGAGCUCCUACCUGCACCGCUGGUCUGGACUGCAGUAGUUCUGUACGUCUGCUAGGGGGAGCUCCUACCUGCACCGCUGGUCAGGACUGCAGUAGUUCUGUAACAGGCUGCUAGGGGGAGCUCCUACCUCCACCGCUGGUCAGGACUGCAGUAGUUCUGUACGUCUGCUAGGGGGAGCUCCUUCCUGCACCGCUGGUCAGGACUGCAGUAGUUCUGUACGUCUGCUAGGGGGAGCUCCUACCUGCACCGCUGGUCAGGACUGCAGUAGUUCUGUAAGUCCGCUAGGGGGAGCUCCUAUCAACAUCUUAUCUAUUGCCGGGAUAGCACUGCAGUGAUUUCGUCACCAGUUGACAACAAGAAAUUACUGUUAAGGCCAUUAUGAUAGUAAUUUGGAUCAUGUAGAAAACUUUGUUGUGGUUAUACUUAUAGGCAAUUCUGCCAAGAAUUGAGAAGGAAAUUUACCUUAAGUGUGACAGUGAGGUGAGAAAAAAAAAGAAGGCAUUACCUGUCAUUACUGGUGGAAAACAAUUGACAAUCACUGUUAUGGCUAGUAGAAUUUCUUGAGGCUUAACUUCACCAAUUUUGAUGAUGUAUGAAUUAUGAGAAGUAUAUAGUAUAUAAUUACAUAAUUAUUGUAUAUAUAAAUGUAUAUUGGUAUUUGAAUGAAUUGGAAAUAAUUUGGUGUCAUGUACUUGCCAAGUUGCCACUACAGCAAAGAAGCAAAGUGCAAUGCAAUGCCCUGACUCAUGCACAAGCUUGUACACAGCUAUAAGCCUGGUUCACAUGUGUGUAUAUAUUCAAGUCCUUUUGAGGUCCGUAUGGAAUUUUUAGCCUCUACCAGGCUCCACAGGUCACUGGAAAAAUAAUAGUAAUUGGAAAAAUAUAGAUGCAUGACACACCAGAGGAGUAAGCUGUCUAAAGAGUUUGCAACCAACUUACGUUGCUGUCAUGUUAUCUGGCUGUAUUUGUGCAAUUUCUAUCAUUUUUCCGGGAGCUGAGGAGCCUGGUAAAGGCUAAAACUUCCAUACGGACCUCAAAUGGGCUAGAAAAUAUACAUGUAUGAACCCACCGUUAGAUCAUGUAUAAUGCUAUCAUAGAAGAGGUGUUGCUAUUUCAGAGUUGUGACAUCAAGAUUAUAGUCUUGGGAUGUCACUGAGUCUGAAUUGUGGAUAUGAGACUGAACAUGUGAAAAAGAAAAGGAAACUGUUGUUGUUUUAGCCUGAAAUCCAGUCUUCUUAGCUUUAGUCCCCGUUCACAUAUGUUUGUGUAUAUUCCAGUCCAUAUGAGUUGCAUAUUGACAUUAUUUGGGCCCAGGUAAAAUUGAAGGCCGAAGAAAAUGUUUUUCGGUUACAUAACCAGACAACACAAUGAUGGGUCAUAGUAUAUAACCAACAUUUGACCAGCUUUAUAGUCAGCCUAGUACACCAUAAUAUAGCACUUUUUGUCACAUUUAUUGGUCUAACACAACAGAAAAUAGCAGACAACUCUGCUUCCUUGCACAGCAUAUUUCUUGAGGUACAUGUACAAACAGAAUUAUAAAAAAAUGCUGUUAAAUGAAUAAAGUUAGUGAUUGCAAUGGAACAUUUUGAAAAGACAGCAUGUUGUAGCGCUAGAAAAGAGAUAUACAAAAUUUAGUGUAAGGGUAUUGUGCAUUAAGGGUUGUGUUAAUCAUGUCUGAGAUUUUUGCAGGUUUAUUGUAUCCUGUAAGUUAUGUUCAUGCAAUAACAACACAUUCAAGCUCAUGUAUUAGAUGUGGCUUCCAAGAGAUUCUUGUACACUGAAAGUGCCUUGAAGAUAAAAAUGUUUCUUUCAUGGGGUAACGAGCAUUUGGAGGGCGAAAGAGUGAAAACUUGUGUCCAUUUGUAAUGACAAUGACAAAUAAUAUGGACAGCUUACGUGUACCAUGUGUUAUGUUGCUCUUUGAAUGGAAUGAUAAAUAAACAGUAUCAUUUCCAUUUG